GUUUUAAAUGCUGCUUACAUUGGCCCCACAAACGUGUCUAUGUCUUUAUGAUGAUCCAGCACAACUGUCAGUGAGACACUCCCUGCACAGCUCAUGCAAGACGCAAACCUGCAGCACCCACAAAAUGUUGGAUUAUCUGCUGUGAGCUGGUGCAACUUGGCAACUCAACUCUUUUUCCUGUGGUCACAUGGAGUAAAUUUCUAGUCUAAAUCCCUUCAGAUGGCCACCCCUUUUGUUCCAGUCCCGUUUGCUGUGGACUGGACUGGAGCAUGCAGAUCAUGGGCAAAGAAGGAAUCUGAGCCCCCUCCUCUAGAAAGUGUUCCCUGUGUAAGAGCAGUCAGACCCUGGGCUCAAACCCUAGCUUACUUCUGGAGGAGAACCACAGGAGAUAUGCUGGAUGGACCAUCAACACUGCAGGAGGGUGAAGAGAGAGUUAGAGAGAGCUGGGUGGAGAGACCCAUCACCCCGACUCUGCUGGGCUAUGAGAUCCUGGAGGAGAGGGCAAAAUUUACAGUUUAUAAGAUCCAUGUUACGACAUCUGAAGGAGACAGCUGGGUGAUCUUCAGAAGAUAUACUGACUUCUGCCGGCUUAAUGACAAGCUUAAGGAGCUGUACCCUGGCUGUUCUCUGGCCUUGCCUCCUAAGCGCUGGUUCAGAGACAACUAUGAUGAGGAGUUUCUGGAGGAGCGGCUUGGAGGCCUGCAGAGCUUCCUGCAUAGCUUAACAUUGCACAAAGAAGCUGUCAAGAGCGAUGCAGUCAGGCGCUUCCUGUGUUUGGCUGACCCACCGGGUCCAUUCGACAGUCUGGUGGAGAGCAGGGCUUUUUGUGAGACUCUGGAGGAGACAAACCAUCGUCUCCAGAGGGAGCUCCUUGAUAAUCAGAGAGAAGUUGAUGCUUUGAAGAAGAUCCUAGAAGAGAAAGACAAUCACCUCAGUGUCCUGGUAAAGAAAGCCAGAUCCCUGACUCUUUCUUCUAUGAGACUGGAAGAUCAACUGACAGAAACGAUAACCACAGACACAAACACUCACAAAGACGGAGAAACAGAUGCUAAUGGAUCAGAGAAAACAAACACAAAUAGAAGUGGAGAUUCUGCUGAUGGCAGAGGAAUGUCUAUUACUGAAGCUGACCAAGAAUUCAGCCAUGAAACAGCCUCCUAUAUUUACCCAUUAUGUUACUGGUACUAAUUUUCUAUUAUUAAAGCAGUGGUUUCCAUUUGGUCUAUCCUCAGGACCCUGUACCGCUUUUGUGAGUAACUGCCACCUAAAUAUCGGAGUUUCGACCACUUUUAUUUAUUUAAUGAAAAUGUUGCAGUUUGAUUGAUUGAUUGAUUGAUUGAUUGAUAAUACUUUAUUGUCAGAUGCAAGAUCUGAAAAUUGUUUUGCAUUAAAACAGCAGCUCCGUCAUACACAAUUCAAGGGGCAAUAUACACAAAUAUACAUAUAACUUUCAACAAGGACAAUUAACAAAACAAUAUAAAAAAAAGGUUGAACCUUACAUGGAACAAAAUACAUGAUUAAACAAAGAAAAAUGACAGAACAAAUCAUAAUUAAAAAGUGUAUCACUACAGGUACCAUGAUGAUGUGCAUAUAUUUUAUAAUUAAAUUAUUCCUCUCUUAAUAAUAUCUAGAGAUCUCAAGAAACAGGCACAUCAUCAUGGGAAAACCGUUUUUUUUUUUGUUUGUUUUUUUUAUCCAGGAUGAAAAAAUGAGUCAAGACCUCCACAACACAUUUAACAAAUAUGAAUGUACCGAAUGUCCUCAUAGGGCUUCCAUACAUCAGAGUUUAUUUGCCCACUGAAAACAGCUCCCUGACCUAUUUUUGGGUACCCAUCCACCAGUUGAGAGCCACUGCUGAUGAUUUCCUUUGAAUAAAGCUAAAACCAAAAACAAUAUAAAAAUUUCUCAUGGCGACAAAAUAAAAGUCAUGAAAUAAUUUGGAGUAUAGUGCCAUCACUCAUCCUGCUGCUUUACAUUUAAAUUAAAAAAAAAAGUGAUUAAAUGAUUUUUUAGCCUUUGCAAAUUUUUAGAAAUGUCAGUUUAAGUGCAAAAUCCUGAUGUUUGUAAUGUAAAAUAAUAAAUAAAUAAAUUAAUUAAUUAAUUAAUUAAUUAAUUAAUUAAUUAAAAAAUGAAAUAUUUCUUUUACUACAUGCAAAUUGAAUUUCCUUGAAGGGGAUUGUUAUAGCCUUGGUAAUGUUAAAAAUGAAUAAAAACUGUCAUUUUUAUUCAUUAUUCAUUUUUUUUCUUCAAGAUUUUAAUAAAUUGUUGCACUCAGGCUGUUUGUGUCCAAAAAUGGACCCCAGUUUAACAAUAAUUUAUUUUACAAACUUAAUGAAAGAGAAAUGUGCAAGUCUUUGGUGAUUAGACCCCAUUGUGAUGACUUCAUGUAUGCUUGAAGGGGUAGUGAGGCAAACAGCAGGAACAGCAUAACCUCUAUGGAGUCUAGACACUGGUCCAGAAGCUGGACCAGGAACCAAUGAGGUGGCGUGGAGGAGGAGACUGAAGUAUGCAGGAUGAGAUUAACAGGAAACCUGUGAGGAUCUGAACUGGAUACUGAAAUAAAAAAUAAUAAUAAUAAUAAUGACUGUAAAAGCACUUGGAAACAUGCUGAGGUAAAGUAUUGGCUUUGCUAUGGGUGGACUGUCAUGGCAAAAGCAUUGCCUGCCGGUGCAAACAGAUGCACUGGAAGUCUCACCCAUGGUCUCA